GGCAACUUCUCUUGUCCUUUUCACACACAAGUGGGUAAAGAACAAAGCAACCAAAGAACAUAGCCUAGCACAAGUUCAUAUACCACAGACAAUAACAACAACAGAUGCUUGCUUAUGGUUUUGUUUCCAGUGGCAUUCUCCAAUAUUGUCUUCAUGUGAAAGGAACCAUUCCUUACUAUUCCCAAAACAUUGAUGCUAUUGCCCUAUCUGAAAAUGAAACGCACUAUCUAUCUUCAAGUGGGUACCACCAAUCAUUCAAUACAUAUUUCCCUCACAGCUUUUACAUUUCACUUUCUAAGAUCUAACUUUUUCUUACUGUCCAGGUUUCCAAAAAUAUACCCUAAUCUUUCAACACUACUUCAGGUUAAACUUGACACUUUUUUUUUUUAUCUGGGUACAUGUAAAGCUAAUUUUUUUAUGCUCAAGUUGAAUAGAACAUCAAGUUUUCUGCAUCAUUUCGCUGACCAAACUUUAGGGUGAUUGUUACUAGAGUUUGAUAGGAAGUUGCAACCAUGGUUAGAGUUUGGUUUGUGCUGUUGUUGAUGGCUCUCUCCAAUUUGUGGUUCUCUUCUGCUGCGGUUGGCUCGGAUAAUUCGACAGUACCGGAGUUUUUAAAUAUUGGGGUUCUCUACUCUUUCAAUACUAGUGUUGGUAGAAUAGUGAAAAUUGCGGUGGAAACUGCGGUUGGUGAUAUAAAUUCUGAUUCUUCGAUUCUUGGUAAAACUAAGUUGAAGCUCUCAAUGCAAGAAGAUUCAAAAUAUAGAGGCUUUUUGAGCAUUGCUGAAGCGUUGCAGCUCAUGGCGACACACACUGUGGCCAUUAUCGGUCCGCAGACAUCUACGACAGCUCAUGUCAUAUCUCAUAUAGCAAAUGAGCUACAUGUUCCUCUGCUAUCGUUUUCAGCCACAGAUCCUACUCUUUCCUCCCUUCAAUUCCCGUUCUUCAUUAGAACUGCUUUCAAUGACAUUUUUCAAAUGACUGCAAUAGCAGACAUGGUUAGCCACUAUGAUUGGAGGGAGGUUAUCGUAGUAUACGGUGAUGAUGACCAUGGGAGGAACGGAAUUGGUGCAUUAGCGGAUAAGCUUGCUGAGAGACGUUGCAAGAUAUCGUUUAAAGCACCGAUGACUCCUGAUGCAAAGAGGGAGGAGAUUACUGACAUGCUUGUUCAGGUGGCUUUGGCAGAAUCUCGGGUUAUAGUUCUUCAUACAAGUACUACUUGGGGUCCAAAAGUGUUGAGUGUUGCUAAGUCUCUUGGAAUGAUGCAAAAUGGUUAUGUUUGGAUUGCUACUACUUUUCUCACGUCUUAUAUCGACAUAGAUAGUCCACUCUCUUCUGAAGAAAUGGAUAACAUUCAAGGAGUUAUUACACUAAGAAUGCAUAUACCCGAUUCAAAGCUCAAAAGAUCGUUUGUUUCUAGGUGGACAAAUUUGACCAGAGGAAAGGAGGGAAAUGGUCCUCUUGGUUUGAGUACUUAUGGUAUCUUUGCGUAUGAUACUGUUUACGUGCUUGCUCGCGCCCUUGAUACAUUUUUGAAACAAGGGAACCAAAUUACAUUUUCGCAUGAUCCGAAGAUAUCUGAGCUACGUGGAGACAGCUUGCAUCUAGAUGCUGUGAAAAUCUUCAAUGAAGGAAAUCUGUUGUGUAAAAAUAUUUAUGCGGUUAACAUGACUGGUGUAACGGGUCCAUUCAGGUAUACUCCUGACGGAAACCUUGCAAAUCCAGCAUAUGAGAUCAUCAAUGUGAUCGGAACAGGGACUCGCAGGAUCGGUUAUUGGUCUAAUUACUCCGGAUUAUCAGUUGUUCCUCCAGAAACACUUUAUUCAAAACCACCUAACCGUUCCUAUGAAAAUCAAAAGCUACUCACCGUGUUUUGGCCGGGGGAAACAACCCAAACACCUCGCGGUUGGGUUUUUCCAAGCAAUGGAAAGCUGUUGAGAAUCGGAGUACCGAAAAGGGUUAGUUACCGCGAAUUUGUUUCUCAGGUACAAUCGACUGACAUGUUCAAGGGAUUCUGCAUUGAUGUGUUUCUUUCUGCAGUAAACUUGUUACCCUAUGCUGUCCCCUAUAAGUUUGUUCCGUACGGUGACGGUCUAAGCAAUCCUAGUAACACUGAGCUUGUGCGUCUGAUCACCGCCGGCGUUUUUGAUGCUGCAGUAGGAGACAUUACAAUUACAACAGAGAGAACAAAGAUGGUGGAUUUUACUCAGCCGUAUACCGAGUCUGGUCUAGUGGUCGUAGCAUCGGUUAAGAAGACAGAUUCCAAUGCUUGGGCAUUUUUGACACCAUUUACACCAAUGAUGUGGACUGUAACAGCUAUCUUUUUCUUACUAGUUGGCGCAGUUGUCUGGAUUCUAGAACAUAGACUGAAUGAUGAUUUUAGGGGACCUCCUAAAAAACAAGUAGCCACAAUUUUGUGGUUUACUUUUUCAACUAUGUUCUUCGCUCACAGGGAAAACACAGUGAGCACUCUUGGUCGUUUUGUGCUGCUUAUAUGGCUAUUUGUAGUUCUAAUAAUUAACUCGAGUUACACGGCAAGCCUGACUUCGAUUCUCACAGUGCAACAACUUUCUUCACCUAUUAAAGGCAUUGAAAGUUUAGUAAAUAUGAAAGAGCCUAUUGGUUACUUGCAGGGCUCUUUUGCCCGGUCCUAUUUGAUUGACGAAAUCGGUAUUCAUGAAUCCAGACUAGUUCCUCUAAAAACACCUGAAGAAACUGCGAAAGCGCUGGAGAAAGGUCCCCAAAACGGCGGUGUCGCUGCGUACAUUAACGAGCGAGCUUACAUAGAGCUCUUCCUUUCAAGCCGGUGUGAUUUUACUAUUGUAGGUCAAGAGUUUACCAAAAAUGGUUGGGGAUUUGCCUUUCCACCAGACUCGCCAUUAGCAGUUGACCUCUCAACUGCCAUUUUGGAGUUGGCAGAAAAUGGAGAUUUACAAAGGAUCCAUGACAAAUGGCUUUUGAGCAGUGCUUGUCGAUUACAAGGUGCGAAGCUCGGAGUGGACAGACUCAAUCUCAAAAGCUUUUGGGGACUUUACUUGGUCUGUGGUUUGGCAUGUUUUCUUGCUCUCCUGAUAUAUCUUAUUCAAACCUUGAGGCAGUACAAGAAGCACAGUCCAGAUGAACUUGAGUCUACUGGCCAAGGUUCGGGAUCUUCACGUUUGCGGACUUUUCUUUCAUUUGUAGAUGAAAAAGAAGAGAUAGUUAAGAGCCGCUCCAAGAGAAGGCAAAUGGAAAGGAUAUCAUAUAGAAGCACAAGUGAAGUUGGAUCAAGCAUAGUCUCCAAUAAAGAUUUUUCUCAGCCAUCCUCAAACAGAAUUGAGUCUGAAGUAUGACCAACUGAUGGCAUUUCUUGAACACUAAUGACUUUGGAACCCCUGCAGUCAAAUCUACAAGAACUAUAGUAACUGCUGGAUUCCUACUGCAUUUCUUUUACCUUUUCAGUAAAUAUAUUUGUAGGAUAUAUCAACUUGUGUCUGACUGUAGUGUAAUGUAGGGGUGUAGAAAGAAAAUCAAAAUGAUUGCUCAA